AUGACCAUGAAUACAGAUCGCAAGAAAGAAGAGAGUAAUAUUAAUAGAGAGGAACGUUCUUUAUCUCAUAAGAUAAGGGGUUUAAUGAGAUCUUCAUCCAAUAUCAGAAACGAAACGAAACCAACUACAUCUGGUGUGGGGAAAGAUAGUAUUAAACUCAUAUCCCCAAGUAAUCCAGAACUUGUACAGAAAGAACACAUGCAAGAGAAAGAACCUGUAAAAUACCAUACUACUUUACAGAAGUUACGAAGACUGCCCAGCUUCCGUCGAACUCUGCUCGUGUCCAGCCAUAAACCUGGUACAUCCGAAGUGCAUGAAAGUGAGCAUGAGUUAACAAACCCUACGCUAAUACCUUCUAAUAAUAAAGCUACACUGUCUACUGAGGGCCUUUCGCUUAAUACUAAUGAUAAUGUUUUUACCUUUAAUGAUAGGUCUACUGCCAAUAUCUCGUACGAGAAUAACAAUUUAGAAGGAACAAGGUCCGUAGAUAAAAUAUCACCCAUAUCAAAAGUAGCGGUACCUGAAAGAGGUAGAUCAAAAUUUGGUACAAUGAGUGCACGAAACUUACCCGCAUAUUCUCAAACAAAAUCGCAUUGUAUCAUUGAUGUGGAAGGGUUUCAAGUUUAUGAUAAUGGUACUCAUGUACACCGUUUGAGAUAUUUACCACUAGUUUGUGAGAACACAGUAGAUGGUAAAAAUUGUAAUAAGUUAAAUGCCAAAUUGGAAAAGGCCCCUAAAGUUCUACCGAGACAGAAAUCUGGAAUGUUUUCCAUGGGAGGUUUGUUCAAAACUCAAAGGGCAGAUGAUGCCUUCGAAAAUGCUGUAUCAUUAAUACCUGAUGGAGGAUUACGAUUGUUAAAGAAAAGGUUUCAACCUGCAGACAUUACCUCCAAACAAAAUGUUGAUCCGAAGGAUGGUGAACUCGAAGUGGAAGGCCCCGAAGAAGAAGAGGAAGAAGUUGAGGUACCGAAUGCAGUAAACACCUUGGCAGCAAUUGAUAAGAACGAAUUAAAACUUAUAACAUGUCUUUCUAAAAGGAUACAUGAUGGAUUAGCUAGUAAACAUGGAUUAUCAAAUGAGGAACUAUUUAGAAUAAACCAGGAAGAUAAAUCAAAGGACCGACAACUUACCCUUUUCGAAAAAUACGGGAAACGAAUAGGAGAUAUUGGUCAAGGGAGUUACGGUACCGUUAAAGUUUGUUGUAGACUAAAAAAACCUAAUGAGAAAUUAUUAUCACCUAACGUAACCUACUCGGAUGAUAGUAAAGUUUUCUUUGCAGCAAAAGAAUUGAAAGCGAAAUCUACAUCAAAUAUAGAUAAAAUUGCUACGAAUAUCACAUCAGAAUUCAUAAUUGGUUAUUCAUUAAGUUAUCACGAAAAUUCAAAAUUAAGUCAUCCAAAUAUCCUUAAAAUAUUAGAUCUUAUGGAAUCGAGAGAUUCGUUUAUUGAAGUCAUGGAAUUUUGCCCCUGUGGUGAUCUGUAUACAUUGGUUUCUAAUCAUUCAAAGAAGCAUACAUCGCUACAUCCAUUAGAAGCAGAUUGUUUUAUGAGACAAUUAUUAAGUGGUACAAAUUUUAUGCAUAGACAUGGUAUUGCGCAUUGUGAUCUAAAACCCGAAAACAUUUUAUUCCAUUCCAAUGGACUGUUAAAAAUUUGUGAUUUUGGUACAGGGAGUGUAUUCCAGACAGCUUGGGAGAAGCAUGUGCAUUAUCAAAAGGGACUGAUCGGUUCAGAACCGUAUGUGGCACCAGAAGAGUUAGUAAAGGAUCUAGAGUAUGAUCCACGCUUAGUGGAUUCAUGGAGCUGUGGUGUUGUGUACUGUACAAUGAUAUUAGGUCACUAUCUUUGGAAGAUCCCAAAUAAGGAGGAAGAUCUCUUUUAUCAAGAUUUCGUAGAAGAAAUGUCAACAAAAAAACGGUUUACUGUCUUCGAAGAUUUAAAACAUGUCAAUAAAGAAUUAAACCGUUUGAGGAAGAUAACUUUAUAUCGUAUUUUCCAAAGGGAUCCUGAAAAACGGGCAAACGUCCAAGAUGUACUAGAUUCAGCAUGGAUGAGAAAUACUAAAUGUUGUAUUUUCUACAAAGAAUACUGA